GUGUGUGUGAGAGAGAGAGAGAGAGAGAGAGAGACAGAGAGAGACACAGAGAGUGUGUGAGUGAGAAAGAGAGACAGAGUGCGUGUGUGUGAGAGAGCGAGAGAGACAGAGAGAGAGAGUGUGUGUGAGAAAGAGAGAGACAGAGAGAGUGUGUGAGUGAGAGAGAGAGAGGUCGAACUCCCGCCCCUUAAAAGGAGCAUCAUCACCAUUCUCUGAAUUCUCAUAAUUGUCUCUGCUGGAAUUAAGGAGAGUGUGUGCGAGAGAAGAAGAAGAAGAAGAAGAAGAAGAAGAGAAAGAAGAAGAAGAAGAAGAAGAAGACGUUACCGUUCAUGUUUAGGUGUACAUAACGCACACUGGCUGCUUCGGGACGCCACGCGCGCUCCACCACAACCCGGCUCUCCUGAACACGCUUAAACAGAGCAGCUCUCCUAAUCCGGCAUAUUUGUUCAGUAGUGUUGGGAUUUGUGGGUUCCGGGGGAUCAUCUGCCACAGAGAAACUGCCUGCUGCAAUCACAACACCGGCGGCGGGAUUUAAGGAUGACGGCCAUCAAGGAGCAGCAGAUCCAGAGAGCCAGUGCGCAGCAGGACGAGGACCUGGGUGGAGUGAGUCCUCCUCAGAGAAACUGGAAGGGGAUAGCCAUUGCCUUGUUGGUCAUUCUGUUGGUCUGUUCGCUCAUAACCAUGUCGGUCAUCCUCCUCACUCCAGCGGACACUCUGGCUGGCAGUGACACUAAACUGACAGUGGAGGAUCUGUUUAGUCCUGAUUUCUACGUACACGAUCCUGAGGCUCACUGGAUCAAUGAAUCUGAAGUCAUCUACAGGAACCGCCAUGGCCAUGUUAUUAGGUUCAACAUCCUUACAAAUGAAACAGAGAUCAUCCUGAUGAACAGCACAUUUGUUGCUUUUAAAGCCACUAAAUACUCAAUAAGCCCUGAUAUGAAGUAUGUGCUUUUUGCGUAUGAUGUUAAACAGGUUUACCGGCACUCCUUUACAGCUUCCUACAUCAUCUACAAUAUUCACACCAGGGAGGUGUGGGAGUUGGACCCUCCAGAGGUGCUUAACUCCAGAUUGCAGCAUGCUGCUUGGGGAAUGCAGGGACAACAGCUGGUGUAUAUCUUUGAGAAUAAUAUAUAUUACCAGUCAGACGUGAAGAGUAACUCACUCAGGCUGACGUCAUCGGGCAAAGAGGGCGUUGUGUACAAUGGCAUUGCUGACUGGCUCUAUGAAGAGGAGAUUUUGCAUAGUCAUGUCACUCACUGGUGGUCUCCUGAUGGUGAGCGUUUGGCGUUCCUGGUGUUGAACGACAGUCUGGUGCCCAACAUGGUUCUGCCCACCUUUACAGGGGCCACAUACCCCAAAGGAAGACAGUAUCCAUACCCUAAGGCAGGUCAGCCCAACCCCAUGGUCAAACUGUUUGUGGUGAAUCUUUAUGGACCAACACACACCCUGGAACUCACACCUCCUGAUGGCCUCAAACUCAGGGAGCACUAUGUAGUGAUGGUGAAGUGGAUCAGUAAGACUAAGACUGCAGUUAGGUGGUUGAAUCGAGCUCAGAAUAUCUCGAUUCUGACUGUGUGCGACUCUACCACUGGAGCCUGCGUCAAGAGACAUGAGGAGACAUCAGAGCUCUGGCUCUCCAAACAGGAUCAGAAGCCUUUUUUCUCACAGGAUGGCAGCCGCUUCUUCCUAACUGUUCCUGUAAAGCAGGGCGGCCGUGGAGAGUUUCAUCACAUCGCCAUGUUCACCACACAGAUUAGGGUGGAUCAAAAUGAAGUACGUCACCUGACAUCAGGCAACUGGGAAGUGACAGAGAUUCUGGCCUACGAUGAAAAUUCCCAGACCAUAUAUUUCUUAAGCACUGAAGGAUCCUCAAGAAGACGACAGCUCUUCAGUGUUUCCACAGUUGGUCUGUUUCCACGGCGAUGUCUUACCUGUGACCUGAACAAGGCCCACUGCACUUUCUUUAGUGCUGACCUCGGUCCAACACAGCAGCACGUUAUACUGCACUGUAAAGGACCUGGAGCCCCCACAGUGAUCGUCCACACACUCCACACAGCCAAUUAUUUUAUUCUGGAGAAUAACUCUCUCCUCAAAGCUAUUCUGAGAUACAAGAGAAUCCAGAUCACUGAGUAUAAAACCCUACAGACUGACCGCUUUGACCUGCCUCUAAAGAUUUCCUUCCCGCCAGACUUCUCUGACUCACGCCAUUAUGGACUACUGCUGAUGAUUGACAGCGUUCCCGGUGGUCAGCAGGUGGAUGACCAAUACUCAGUGGACUGGGACUCUGUACUGGUGAGCUCAGACAAUGUGAUUGUGGCUCGUCUGGAUGGCAGAGGCAGCGGCUUCCAGGGACAAAAGAUUCUCCAGGAAGUGCACAAACGUUUAGGAGUGGUGGAGCUCCAGGAUCAACUCACUGCUCUAGAAUACCUGAUGAAAUUUCCAUACAUAGAUCAGAACAGGAUAGGAGUGUUUGGCCGGGGUUAUGGAGGAUAUGUGACAC